UAGCUUGCCACGUUGUCGCCGGCAGCUUCGCGCGCCUCGACCAGAAGGGGGAGAGGUUCGGCAAAGUCCGGAAGCGCUCGGCAAUGGCCGGAGGCGGCUUUUAAGGAGAGGAGCGGCUGCCGGCUUGCCCUGCUCCGCUGUCGCUUGGCGUGAGAGGACUCGUUUGUGUGGGCGCUGGCCGCCUCAUCCUCCCGCCGCGCCGUGAGGGGAAGGGGCGCGAUGCUGGCUGACAACCUGGUGGAGGAGUUCGAGAUCCGCGAGGAUGAGCCUUGGUACGACCAACAGGACCUGCAGCAAGAUCUUCACCUUGCUGCUGAGCUUGGGAAGACACUACUGGAUCGUAACACUGAACUAGAAGAAUCUUUACAGCAAAUGUAUGCAACAAAUCAAGAGCAACUGCAGGAGAUUGAGCAAUACUGUCUUGCAGUACCUCACAAAGCAAGUGGAGCUCUUGCGUCAGAUGAAUGAUCAGCAUGCAAAAGUCUAUGAACAACUGGAUAUGACAGCAAGAGAACUAGAAGACACUAAUCAAAAACUAGUUGUGGAGAGUAGAGCUUCACAACAAAAGAUACUAAGCUUAACAGAGACUAUUGAAAAUCUGCAAACACACAUAGAUGACCUGCAACGACAAGUAGAAGAAUUGAAAAAGUCUGGACGAGGCCGGAUGAACCAUGAGAGAUCUGACCAGCCAAGAUCAAUGCACAGUUUCUCAUGUUUGAAGGAGCUGUAUGACCUUCGCCAGUAUUUUGUUUAUGAUCAUGUGUUUGCAGAAAAGAUUACUUCGAUGGAUAGUCAGCUAAGUCCUCUAGAAGAAGAAAAUGAGAACUUAAAAAAGGCAGUAACAGUUCUGCAAGCCCAACUUAACGUAGAAAAAGAGAGGAGAGUAACAAUGGAAGAGGAAUAUAGUCUUAUGGUAAAAGAAAACUGUGACCUUGAACAGAGACUUGUUGAUAUAGACUUAUAUCGGGCUCGUGCAGAGGAGUUGGAAGUGGAAGUAGCUGAAAUGCGACAGAUACUUCAGUCUGAAAACACAUUCCACAACACAGAAAAAUUGGUGCCAGAAUCCUUUUUCAUUUCAUUCAAGGAAUCUUUAGAAAGGGAGCUUGGGCAGAGCCCAGCAGAUGAUGGACUCCUGACUGUAUCGGAGCUUGAGAAGAAGGCACUGAAACGGAGCAGCAGCGAAUCUUUCCUAAGCAGUGCUGCAGGGGGAGACAUCCUAAGGGGCCAUGAAGAAACAUGUAUUAGGAGAGCGGAAGCUGUGAAGCAGCGAGGAAUCUCUGUUCUUAAUGAAGUUGAUGCGCAGUAUAAUGCCCUGAAAGUGAAGUAUGAGGAACUUUUGAAGAAGUGUCAAAUGGAUGAAGAUUCUUUGAAACACAAGGCUGUACAAACGCUGAAGCAGUAUUCCAAAGACCUAAAUGUGGGGAAUACCCAGUAUGAUCUUUCAGCUAGCAAUCAAGAAUUCACAGAUGCGGAGCUAAGUGACUCUCCCACAAAUGCUCUACCUGAAUAUAAAGCACUCUUCAAGGAAAUUUUUAGCUGUAUCAGAAAAACAAAGGAAGAAAUAGAUGAACAUAGAGCUAAGUACAAGUCCCUCUCCUCUCAGCCAUAACAUUGGACAUGCUGAUGACCUGCUUUCUGUUAUGACAGAUCUGUUAGUCAAGAAGGGGAAAAACUUCAUACAAAAUGUCAGAAGACCCCUUAUACUGAUGUAUUUCUUGAGCACUCAAAAUGAAUGUUUUGAAUUGGCUUGUAGACCUGUAGUAACAAGCUAGUUAGUUAACAGCUAGUCUCCCUGUACCUAUGUAACAAUAGAUUUAGUGUUGUUUAGCACUGUCACACAAACUAGUGGUUAUAAAGCAAACAAACAUCAUAACUUAAUACUACACUACUACUUCAUACUACACUGAAUCUGUGGCCAGGGCAGUAAUUGACACUAGUUUCCUUAGUCCACUUCAAAAAUAAGAGAGCGAAGAGAUCUAUACUGUAUUUCUCACAAGGAACCAGACUCAAGCUUCCUCUGGUUCACAGUGCUGAUCUAGCCCUGCACUACAUCUCUCUAGAAAAUUAACCCAAGGCCAGGCCCUGCCCAGCCCCGGGGCAGCCUCUCCACACUGGAGAAGGAAGCUGGCAGUCUGGCUUUGCUUUGGCAGGGAGGUGGAGAGCUGGCACAGCAGCCUGCACUGUACUUGGUUUAAGCUCAUACCAUGUUUUUCACAUGCACUAAGCUCUCCCACAGAUUAGGAUGUAUGUCUUCCUACUAAGAAAGGAUUUGAUGUAAUGUUUGCGUGGCUGUUUAGGUAUGGUUUCUUAUGUAGGGCACUUCGUCUUAAGGCAAGAUACUGUGAAUUGAUUAUGUAUGUUAUUUGGGACCUACUGUUCUUUGGUGGAAUGUCUGCAAAGUACAUUUUUAUGUGUAUUUGGUAAGAUAGAAAGUUGCAAUUUAGCUAUUUAACUUUAGUUGUAGCAAUGACACAGUGGAAUAGCUUGUAAUCUCACAUACCACAAACUCCAAGUGCUUGAAGGAGAUGGGCCAGGUAAAAUCUUACUGUAUUGUUUUGUCUAUUGCUUCCAGUGUUGGCUUCUGUGGCCCUAUUCCGUGCUGCCUGGGGUGGGAGGAUGGACACAAUGCUGCCAGAACAUAUCCUACUGCAAGCAGGGGAGCACACUCCUGUUCUUCUCCUUUUCCACUCCCUAAUAAUAAUAAUUCAUAUGUAUUCAAAUUCUGAAAAACAAAGAACAGGGAAAAGUAUGUUCUUAAAAACUGCUUCAAAGCAUGAAGAAAACAAAGGCUAAGAGAUGAAGUGGGGGAAAAGGCACAAUGAAAGCUGACAUCCUUUUCCUCAUAAAGGGUCUUGUAGCUUAAUUUAGUCAGCUGUUCCUGGGAAUCAACUUACUGCCUGUCUGAGUUGCUGUGAUAAACCACACAGCUGACACAGAAUUUCUCAGCUUUAGUUCAACUGCUGCUGUUCUGUCUGCCUUGUGUUGUACCUGUUAAGCUUGUGUGUAACUGUCCUUCAGUUGCAGUAUUAAGUCUUCAUAUUGUGGGAGUUUCAGAAUGCAAUACGUGUUUUAGAGAAAGUUAUUUAAAAGUGGGAAUCUGAAACUUGUGGGUAUUUUUCCAAGCAAACAAAUAAUCCAGUUAAACUAUCUGUAUAACUAGUAAUUAUACCCACCUGUGCCAAUCAGGAAACAGUAAACUUGGUGCAGAUGGUACCUGCAUUAUCUAGUCUUGCCAGCUUUCCUCCAUAGCUCAGAUGGGAUUCCCAUUAAAUUGGUAUUUUAAAAAUGCUAGGCUACAUGGAAAAGGAUAAGCCUGUCUAGGAUAGAAGUCCAGAGAGAACAAAGCAGUUUCUCCUCAUUGUUGUGGUGUUUGUCAGUGCUGUUCAAAAAGGGGGGCAGGGGGAGGCAGGAGAGAUACUGUUCUGCCAUCAGGUUAAGUGUAUUGUCACUGCUUCCCUAAAUAGAAGACAUGUAAAAGCAAAUCAGAAUUUUUGGUUAAAUAGGUGAUCUUCAGUGGUUUAUUACUGUUGGCUAAUUUAGAGCACUAUUCAUACAUACAAUUUUUAUGCUUUAAAAAUAGCAAAACUGUUCUUAGGUUUCCGCAGCACUAUUCUUCUGUAAUGGAACAUGCCAUUGCUCUGCUCUGGCUGUGCUGUAUUGUACUUUAUCACUUAACUGCACAUAUUGUGCAACGAAACUCCAAAGCUAUGUUCUUCUUUCAAAACUUUUCUGGGACUGUGGCCUUCCCUGAGAGCAGCUUUACAGCCGCAGCCCUCGGGAACGCUGUGGCAGUGGGCUGGACCGGGCAGGGCCCAGCCACGGCUGUGUGCCACAGACCAAGACAAAGGCUGCAAAAGCUGCCUGAACUUCCACCACCUCCCUGUUAUACUGAUGUAGUUAAACUACACCAGCUUAUUAAUUAAGGUAGAGUUUUAGCAGUUUAACAAUAGAUGUUUUCCACAGAAAUGUGAAAUGCCGUAAGAAUGUUAACAAUAUUCUUAGCCAAUCUUACCUGGAUUAACUACCUUGAUCUGCUUAUUUUGGUCAACAACUCAACUCAGCCUUUUCUGAGCAUAAGUAGAUGAAGUUAAUAGAAUCUCCUUGAGCUUCUCAUGUGAUGGAAAUUAUAGCAAAGAACAUGACCAGUAACAUAACCAUGUUCUGCCAUGUGUACGGUAGAACAUUCCUUAUCUUACUGCAGUUAGGCUUCAGUGAUAGACCUGUAACAAAAAGAUUGGUUACUGUACCUUGGGCCCCAGGCCCUGCGCUUCACAGCUGCCUCUGGGUCCCCCCUAAAGAGCACAAUGUGGGCAGAAUGUUGGAAAGCAGUUUGUGAUCUACCUCCACCCUCUACUGAAACAUUCCUGUCCUUUCCUUCCUCCACAAGCCCUCAGGCUAUGAAAGGAGCAGGUGCAGUUUCCAUUUCUUCUUGGACAAAUACAAGGCAGGGUAGAAUUGACCUUCGAGAUAAAAUUUUAUUUUAAAAAAUUACACAAAAUAGAGGUGUUGCUGUGUGAUAACUACAGCUGGAUGCCUUCUAGAGGGUGCACUCAGUUACUUACCUUGCUGUAUUUGCUUACAGUAAUACAAAAAGUCCCUCAAAAUCCGCACCACUAGAAGAAACCCAGUAGUUGCACAUCUGUUUCAAAUGUAGGUACUUUUCCAAAUAACUAAUUUCACAGACAACAGGUGAGAACAGUUGCUAUGUAGUACAGAGUUCACAGACAGGGAUUUUGUUCCCCCCUUCCCUGGCCUGACACAUUUCCAAGACCAUGACUAUCUUCUCUUUAUGAAGAGGGCUGCAAGGGCUAUUACAAUGCUCAGACUAAAGUACGAGCAUCUAGGUAUUUAACAAAAACUGGGAGGUUUGUAAACAAAUUUAAUUUAUUGGCAUUACUUACAAAAUAAAGUAUUAGACCAUGAUUUUCCAUCA